UGCCCCAAAGCACUGAAGAAGAAAGAGGAGAACAAAACUGAGCUUGUGAUGCAGCAGAACAACAGAUGUUCAAAGCUGUCUGGCCUGGCACUGGUGUGGAUGAAGAUCACUCACUUAAGCAGUUCAUAGAAUCAUGGAAUGGCUUAAGUUGGACCUUAAGGAUCACCUUGUUCCAAUUCCUCUGGCAGUAGCGUUGCCACCUACCAGAUCAGGCUGCCCAGGGCCCCCAUCCAGCCUGGCUCUCAAUGCUUCCAGAGAUGGGAGAUCCGCGCCUUCUCCAGGCAGCCUGUGCCAGUGCCUCACCACCCGCUGAGUUAACAUCACAGCACAAGUAAGCUGGCUCUCGGAACACGGAAGCAGUGCGGAUAGCUGGGAAGAGGUACGACAUGUCCAACAGCAGGACUGGAAAGGACGCGCUGCCCUCCGUGCGCCCGGGCUGCCCCCGCUGCGGGGCGUGCGGCGCGGCGCUGGCGCACUUGGUGCAGGUGUACUGCCCGCUGGGCGCGUCCCCCUUCCACCGUCUCGCCAACGUCUUCGCCUGCGCCGAGAGCGCCUGCUGGGGGCGGCCGCAGAGCUGGAAGGUGCUGCGCUCCCAGAGCCUGGAGGCACGAGGACAGGAGGCGCUGGGCUGCAGCUCGAAGCAGAAAGAAGAAUGUAACUUUUCUGCAAAGGACUGGUGUGCUGAGGCAGACGACUGGGGAGGCUGCGACGGAACGGAGUCUUCCACGUGUGCACUUCAGAUGUUGGGGCUAAAUGCAGGGAUGAGCAGCUCCGCAUCUGAAGAAGCACAGUGUGUGUCGCAGCUCCAAGAGCUUCACUUGUCUGAAGCUGCGGACGUGUCAGGUUCCCUGAAUACAGACCUCCUACUAAGGGAGGAGAUGGUGAUGGCCACUUCAGCUCCUGUGUUCCAUUCCUAUUACAUUAGUGUUGUGGAUGAAGCAGACUAUGCUGGUUUCCUUGAUACAGAUCAUGCAAAUAAACUGUUGAAAGAGUAUCAGCAGAGAGAGGGUGUUGAUCUGGAACAUUUGAUGUCAGAAAGUUUUGCUGGUGAAGAUAGUAAUGAGAAGUAUGAGAAGACUAAAGUCAGAAGUGGGGACCACACGUUCCAUAAAUUUAUGAAAAGAAUAUCUGUCUGUCCAGAGCAGAUUUUAAGAUACUCCUGGGGUGGUCAGCCUUUGUUCAUAACUUGUCCUCCAGCUAACUUUGACAACAGUAUUCCAGCCUGCAGUAACUGUGGAAGCAACAGAGUGUUUGAGUUUCAGCUUAUGCCAGCACUGGUCAGCAUGCUGUGGGGUGAUGCAGAUCUGUCAGUGGAAUUUGGGACUGUUAUAGUUUAUACAUGUGAGCGAAGCUGUUGGCCAACAAAUCAGCAAACCCCUCUGGAAGAGUUUAUUUUUGUACAAGAAGACCCUGACCAGAAAUUAUUUAAAUAAAUUGUAUUUCUCUUCA